GCUGAGUCCGUGUGCUGUAGGAGCUCUGAACCUGCUGAGCCUGAGCCUGGAGCUGGGGCAGGCUCAGGCUGUGGACGUGGUGGUGCCGGGAGAUUCUAAGUUUAAUGCAUGUUGUGCAGGAGUUGCUUGGAUCUCUAAGGCAAAGCAAGUGUUUUUAAAAAAAAAAAAAAGGUGUUCCUGGAGCCCAAACUCGGCUGCCCUAACGCACUGACCCGCGGGUGGGGGAUCUCAGUAGCCAAGUAGCCGUAGCCUCGGAAUAAUGCAAAGGGAGUAAAAUGCUGGAACUUGUCUUUGCUUCAGUGCCUUUACAAUUGUGCCUGCUUCUUGUCCUCAGCUACACACAACGAGUAAAAAUCCUUCCUGACUCAAGAUCGUCCUUCCAAUGGCUGUAUUUAUAAAGAUUUUUGGAGCUUCGCUGAAAUGGUUAUUGUGUAGUACAUCUUACUUGUAUUUUCACUUUUGUAGUAUUAUCAGUUCUGAUCUUGUCAUACACAGCCUGGCAGCUUCUGAGACGAGACUGUCUGAUUAGACUGUCUUGGAGAAAGCUCUGCUUUCAAGUGGUUUUAAUCUUUUUUGAAAGCACUUCAGAUUUUAUUUUGUCCUCUCAUGAAUGAGCCAAGGUGUUCGUUUCUGGUUUUGUUUUUUUUUUUUUUUUUAAACUUGGGGCCCCAAUUCAGUUUCUUUUGAGCUAGAAAGGACCUUGUACCGAUGUUCACUGGAAGCUGAACAAGCUGUGGACUUUUUUCUUUUUUUUUUUUUUUUUUCUCAAGUGCAUUACCUUCGUCUUUUGUAACAUUCCUUUAGUGUAGCAAGGUAGGAAUGCAGCCUGGGUUCCGUUGGAAGGCAAACCACCUUGAUAUAUCUAAAGAGAAACGUGCUUGUAUGUUCAACCCGCAUAACGGUAUUUUUACUGUUGUAAUGAUGUAAAUGACCCAGAACUAGACUUGCAAACUUACCAUAAAGAGGUUCUUGAAAAUGUUUAUUUAUAUUGUCCUUUUUUACUGGAAGACAUAUGCAUAUUCCAUUGCUGUUGUAUUUGAAGUGGUAAAGGAUUCCUGUAUACAGUUUUCUUUGGCUUUACGAAGCCUAUUAAAAGACCGUCUGAAAUGAACUCUGCUCCUGACAUUUACAUUUCAUUGCACAACACAACCCUUGGAGACGAAGAACAGUCUUGGGAGCGAGAGGAGAUUAGGGACAGUGGCAGAGCCAGCCGGACGAUUGCCCGGCUGCUGGAAUUUAAAUCCUAAAAUCGGUCUUGACAUCUGAAUUGGCCAACAAAUUCCACUUAAAAAUAGUCAAAACUUGUCUAUAGAGGCUGGACGUACAAACCUGAGGGCGUGCUAGGAGCGAAGUGCAGUUGGAAUGUUAGGAAGGAUAAUGGAUGUUUCCUCCAAAGCUGCUGUAGCCUACACUGGGAAGCUGUAGAGAAGAGCCAAGUGCUGUAGUCCCUGGGCUGUUCCCUGCGUGCCGAGCGCGUGUGCGAUGUAGGGGAAUGCCGGGCUUAGCUUAGCUGUGUCAUUGCUUACAAGUUCUAAGAAUUCUUUGCUAGCAAAUGGAAACUGCAGUGUCCUUGGAGAAAAGAAGUGUUGUGCCUCCAACAGAAACCUCUGAGACGAGAGCUGCUCUCUUGGCUAGUUCAUAUGUGGAAAUAGUCCUGUAAUUCGAGGUAACUCCUUUUGCUCAUGUCCGCAUCCUUCCUCUUGUUGAGAGCUCAUUUGAAAGUCUAAUGUACCUGUGAAAUAUUCCUUUUGACAAUUUUGGUCAGCUGCUGGAAAAACGUUUAACCCAUGCCGUAUGCAACCUUUGGCUUGUGGCACACCUUGAGUUCCACAGAUCAGAGUUGGGCAUGCAGCCGUGUCUUGCUGUAGGUACGGAAGCAAGAUUGGAACGAACUCCCUGACUCGAUAUGUGUUCAUCUAUUGAGACUCUUCCUAGACUUCAUUAAGUUGCUCACUUUAAUUGUAGCUUUCUUUGCCAUCCUACUUGUUGCCAUUAACUUUUUCCCAUGGCCCACACUUCCUAAGCAGCCAUGUCCAAGUGUUAACUCUCUGCUUAGGGGAUCCAAUCCAUGGGCUGGCUGAGCACGGGCAGCAGCCGGCCCGGAACAGUUUUCCCAGACUGUGCUUUGUGGUGUGAUGGGUUCAGCGAUGGCUUGUGAGACCCUCGUGCGCUGUGAGCUGUGUGGGGAGGUUGGGGGCGAGAGCAGCCUCUGCCCAGGGCUCCUGUUAAUGCCUCUCUGCUUUAGCAGGCUGAAAGGACCCGGCACACGCCUUGGAGGCCCAGCGGAUCCUGAGCGACCAGAGCUGCGUUCCAGGCAUGCAGCAGCAAGUUUGCCAACCAGCACUGAGACACGUCAGAGAAGACAGAAGGACAGACACCGGAGUGGGGAGAUGAAGAGCUCAGAGCAGUGGUGCUACUCGUAUUUACAUGAACUGAGUCAAUCAAGCCAGAAUAAAACACUUGAGAUGUGGAAAAAACAAAUCUCUGUGGUACUUCUUGUGGGAAACAGAAUAUUUUUGGCAAAAAUAUGUCUGGGGCACAACCCAGUUCAGAGCACAGAACAAACCACCACCGUUGUGCUUGGAGGUGGACACAUUUUGCUUUAAGCAGACUGAUAUGUGAUCCUCAUGGAAGAUGAGGUCUUGUUGCUGGUUAAAUCCCAAAAAUGUGGCAGCUCAAUAAUGAGGAGGAUUUGUCUUGGGAGAGGCUGACACUCUGAAUGUGUUUCUGGCAGGAGAUUGCAGGAUGAGAGCAGUGAGAGUUUUUGAUGAUCUCAGCUGUUCCUGCCGUUUUUGUUUUUGUUUUUUUGUAAAGAAGAGUUGCUUGCUUCAUCCUGCCCUUUUCUCCCCAUUUUUUUAACUGAUAAACUCAGAAUUUGGUGAUGGGCUUACUCAGGAGCCCUGAGGACUUGCCCAAGAGCCAUCAGUUCCCCAUUUUCUACUGAUAAAGUCUCCAGACAUUCCUGCCUGCAGGAGGGGAUUAUUGAGCUCACUUCACAAAACCUACUUUUCCUCCUUUAACCUUUUUCAAAUUAUCUAAGUGAGCAGCAUUUAAAAAAAGCAAUCAGCCAUGACACACUUCUGGGGGUUGUACUGAGCAAUUCACCAGUGAGGAUUUUUGCAUCUUAAUGCAGGAGGAUAUUAAAUAUAAUGAAGGCUGAGGAGUGUGUGAAGUCUUCACUGAUAAGAAUGCAGUCAGGUGAGGCUUAAAUGAAUUCAGGCUGAAAAUACUUACAAAUAAUGCUUUGUGAGACCUCCCUAAAUAGGAUACUUAGACGCAGGCAGAAAUAAUGAACAGGUGCAAAAAUAAAGCCUGGUUGGAAGUGCUGUUAUUUUUGGCAUUGCUAAUUAUGGCAAUGAGUUAAUGAUACCUUCCUGGAAUGGGUGAGGGAAUCGCUGGAUCCAGGGGCUGGAUGUGGAAUCCAGUGUCAUCAUCGGGAAAGUGUUUGGGUGCCGUGGGUCUGACGUGAGCUUGGAUGACCCAGUUUUAUCCAAAAUGCCCUUUUAAAAAAUUAAGUCCUGUGUGUCCAGGCAGCUUAAGUCGUUCCCUGAGGAAAAAUGGGGAAAUGGAGCAAGGCUGAAGGGCGGUGACUGAGUCCUGGUCAGCUGGAAAUGUCUGCAGAGGAAAAAGGUGGAGGAUAGAAAUCCUGGAAAUGCUCCAAGUGCUCCUGUUUCCAGCUGGGUUCACCCUGCGGUGGGAACGGCCGCCCUGAAGGGAGGGGGAGAGCCCUGAGGGGGAAAUGGCGGCUCUGGGGGAGAAGGUCCUGCUAUGAGGGGAAAGUAGCGACACUGAGGGAGAAAUGACGACCCUCAUGGAGAAAUGGUGGCCUUGAGGGAGGAAGGACAGCGCUGGGGGGGAAAUGGCGGAUCUGAGGGAGGAAUGAGAGUCCUCAAGGUGCAAUGGCGGCCCUGAGGGAGGAAGGAUGACCCUGAGUGGAAAAUGGCGUCUGUGACGGACGGGGUGUUGCACUGAGGGAGAAAUGGCGGCCCCGCCGAGCUGGCCGCAGCCCCGAGGGCACAACAAUGACCCUGAGGGCAAAAUGUCGGAGCCCCGCGGCGGCUCCGUGAGCGGGUCACGGCCGGCCCGGAACGGCGCAGCCCCGGAACCCGCGAGCGGCUCCGCGGGGCCCGGGCGGUGCCUGAGCCGGGCGCACCGUCCCGGCGCCUUCCUGCGGCCGCCGCUCCCGCUCCGCCGCCCGGGCUCGGCCAUGCCGCGCCUCCUCCUCCUCCUCCUUCUCCUCUUCCUCCUCUUCCUCCUCGUCCCGCACCUCGGCCGCGCCACCGCCCCCAGCCCGGGGAACAGCACGGAACCGCCGCGGGCGGCCACACGGAACGAAACUCAGUCGGGGUCGGAGCAUGAGUCCGGGCCGAGGCUGUCGGUGGGGUCGGGGCUGCCGGUGCUGAGGCGGGCGGUUUAUGUGCUGAGCGCUCUGUCGGCGCUGGCCGCGCUUUACUUCGUGCUGCGGGCGUUCCGCCCCAGGUCCGAGGGCCCCAGAAAUGAGCCCAAAACUCAUUUCAGGUUGAAGAAACCCCAGAGGAAGAAGUACGGGCUGCUCUCGAGCCAGGACGAGAACAUGGAGCUGGGCUCCCUCGACAGUGACGAGGACACCGUGUUUGAAACCCGGAACCUGAGGCGAUGACUCGGGAUCAGCAGCACUGCCUGGAAUGAUGGAGGAUCCAGUCCCAGUGGAAUCUCCAGUGCUGAAGUUUUAUAUCUGCUUACAGUGACUUAAUUAACAGUUCGAGCCCUUCCAUAGCUGGGACAGGGGAGAGGGGACCAAACCUGUUUUCUUCACCUGCAUUCUUGGGGACAUUUCUGGGGAAGGAUGGGAGCUCUUCACUGCAUGGGGACAGGCUGAGGUAAGGGAAAUGCUCCUGGAUGAUUUUCAGCACCUGAAAUCUGAGCCCGAGAGCUGCCCCCGUGCCUCAUGUCCCUCUCUCUUUGCCCUGGAAGCAUCAGAUUCCUUUUCCAGGCUGAUCCUCUUUCCUUCCUGCAGUAUCAGGUUACUUCUUUGGGAAGUGUCUCUGUAAUCUGCUCCUGGGAGGAGCUGGGAGAGCUCUCGGUGUCUGUUACUCAAAUGGGGGUGGGAAGGUGAUAGUUCAGACAGAACAGCUUUGGGAAUGAGUUAAACGAGUUAAAUUUUGCAGGAUUGGCAGUUACUGGGAUAAUCCAAGUAAUUCAUGGGUUUACAGACAUGGUUACGAAUGAAAGGGGCCACAACCCAAAGGAAUAUUUCUCCAAAAGAGCCACCAAAAGGACUGGGAAUGCCUGGACUCUGCCCAGCCCCCGUGGUGAGUCCUCCAGGGACACGUGUGACAUCUGCCAAGCUCUGGAGUUUGUGAUACCCGAGGAAGAGCCAGGUGUGAGCCAGGGAGUGUCUUGGAGCAGCUGAUGACUGGAAAAGGGGGACCCCAGCCCCUCUGGGCUGUGAUUCAGGGCAGCCCUGGCUGGGUUGCCUCCUCUCAAGGACCCCAGAGUUUCAUUCCCUUGGCUGGUACUCAGCCAGGAUCUUUCCUGCAGCCCGUUGUUAUGUGCAUAUUUGGGAUCUGAUUGUGUAGGACCAAAGGUGAAUGUGUCAGGAGGUUGUUGUUGGGUGCAUCUGCUGCUAAACCAGUGAAAUCUGCUCGCCAAGUGCUCCUGCCCGUGGCCUUUUCUUGGAAACUGGCAGCACAUCCUUAAAUCCCAUUUCCCCGCCCAAGCUGGUAGUGCCUUUGUUUGGAGAACCCGAGGGAUUUGCCGUGUGGGCAGGGAGGGUCCCUGUGGCACCUUUAGGGUGAAUAUUUAGAAUGUCUUUGGAAUGUCUUUGACUCCUUUCCUUUGGCUUGCAAAUCCCCUGUGGAUCAGGGGCACCAUGAGAGGGGACAGGGAUGUGUUGAUCAGGGAGAGGCUGGGGGCUGGCAGCUGCUGCAGGAUCUCCCGAGGCAGCUGAGGGAAUGCUGUGAUCCUGUGCUUUGUCUGUUCAGGACAAGUGAGGUUCCCUGGAGAGAUCCCACCUCCGUGGCAGCUCUGUCUUGCAUGUGCACAAAGAAUUUUAAAAUACAUAUAUAUAUAUAUUUUUAAUAACGUUGCCUGUGCGCACACAGUGCUUGGAUGUGCCCCGUUUUCCUGUCCAUUGGAUCGUUUCACACCUAUUUUGGGUGUUCCCUGCUUGUUGUAGCUGCUGCAGAGGUUCCAUGUGGGAAUUGCUGGGAUGGCUCCACCCCUGGGGAUGAUCGGGGCUCUGUGAUCCAUGGUCAGGGAUCUCUCCUGAUCCUGCAGGGCUGCAUGUGCUGGUAAUUCCCUGGCUCUUCUAUUCCCUCUGGAAUGUUGUUCCUUGUGCUCUUAAAGCCAGAUGGGCCCGACUGUCCCAAUCCACUGCCACGCUCAGUGUUUGACCAGCACAUUCCUCAUCCUUUACCUGGAGUGAUGAACCUGAGCAUUCCUCAGGUUCCCCUCUUGUUGGACAGGUGGGGUUUGCAGUUCUCAAGUUUCCUCACCUCGCAGGAGUGGAGCAUUUGCUAAAUGAUUUGCAUCAGAGGGAACCUCAAGCAGUAGAUCCUGCCCUGAAAAUAAUUCUGGAAUUAAUUUUGGCUGGAGCAGAUGUUUGUGUUUGAGCAGGAAAGGCCUGGAGCAGGUCAUGAGGUGCCUGGGCUGUGCUGUGUGGGUACCAGAGAAGGAAAUUGAGGUGCCAGCCUGGAAUUUCUACACCACUUCUAUGUUUUCAGAGUCCUGCUGGCUUUAAAGUCCUUUAAACCUUGCUGACCUUUAAAGGGUGCAGGGUACAAAGGUACUUGUGGGGCUGUCACUUGUCCUGGUCUUGGCCUGGAGACAGGUUGGAGUUGUAAUCAGGGAAGCUGAAAUCUCUGAAGCUGUUUCCACUUCCAUCCUGCCCCUUGGCAGCAGCUGGCAUCUGGAUUUACCCUUUGCAGGCUGUGCCAUUCCAUCCCUGCUCUGCUCUGAGUCCUUGGAGGCCUUUUCUAAGAGGAGAAAACCAAGUGACAGAUCUGAGACUCCUUGGGGUGCUCAGCAUGAUCCCAUUUCUCUGGGAAGAAUCAGCUGGAGCUGUCACUUCCUGCAGUGUGAGCAGGGCCAGGCCAGGGCAGGUGUUUUUGGGCACAGCAGCUUUGAACACCUCACACGACAUUUCCACAGAGGAGCAGUUCAAGUGUUCCUUCCAUGACUCUUUCAGUUCCUCCACAUGUAUUUGAUACCUUUGAUUUAGGUCUUUUUGCACCAGUUGGAUCUUCCAGUAGCUUUCCAGUUUUAGUUUUUCAGGCUAAACACGGGAAUGCAAACAGACCUGCCUGUGCCUGGCCCUGGGCAGGCUGAAGCCUCACCAGCCACUGCUGCACUUUUCUUUCUCCUGGAUGAAUCAGGGUGUUGGUGGAGGCUCCAUGUGCCUGCUGGUCUGCAGGAUUCCUGCUCAUCCCAGCCAAAAGGAGCCAGCGGACCACGACCUGUAGCACCAGCGUGCGUCACGACUGACAACAACAGUCUGCUCUGAAUUAUGCCAAAGCCAGUUUUCCAAAGUUUACAUCAUCCUUCUGUUAUCUUGGAGGCUUCCUGGGAUGCUCUGCUGCUGUUACUGGCCUGCCCAAACCGACUGGGCCAUCUGCAGGGUUAAUGGGAUCCAUGGGAUCCAUGGGAGGGGGGUGAGAUCAGCUCUGUCGGUUUUGUUCUGUGCCUGGGAUGGGACCUGCAGCACUGGGAGUGCUGGGAGAGGGGCCUGUGGUGGGAAUCAAUAAACAAUAAAAUAAAAAAAA